GGGACGCAAUCGGGACAGCUGAGCAAUAGGACGCAAAGCUGCACCUUCAUCUUUUUGAGACCAUCUUCCUCUUCAAAUCCAAGGAUGGCAGAAUUAGAAGCACCGUUCAGGCCGAGGGAGAAGCUGAUUGAGAAGCAGAAGUUUUACCAGACGAUUCACAAACACACACAUCUCAAGGGUCCCUACGAUAGGAUAACCUCAGUUGCCAUUCCACUUGCAUUGGCGGCGACUUCGCUGUAUAUGAUUGGGCGAGGGAUCUACAACAUGUCUCAUGGCAUUGGGAAGAAGGAAUGAAGUCGUCCUCAUCAUCAUCAACUGAGGAUCUCUUUUAUGUUUUUUUGAAUGAGACACUGUUUCUUGCUAAUAAGGGCAGACAUAUUUUGACGGUCUUGUGAUUGAAACUCAAUGGUUUUUUUAAAAACCUUUUGAUCUGCAUUGGAUUUGCUUUUACAGAUGUUUUCUACAAAUUACCUUACAACUCUCCUGCACUACAAUAUUAAAAUAUUAUGAUUGUG